AUGCUUAAUGGCUCAACCACCAACUGAAGCACAAGGUGGGAUGGAAACUGGGCAGCAGCAGGAAGUUAAAUCCCCACCUAUGUAAAGGAGGAAGGAGAAAACAGGGUGGGGAAGGGUGGGGAGGAAUAACAUCUUUUUCCCACCUUUUAUUUUUUGUGCCUUGGCUAACAAUAGCCGUUGGAGAUGGUGAAUGAAGUCAGUCCCCCAAGGAGAGGCCCAGCAGCACUCAAGCUCCCUUGUGGGAAGUGAUCAGCAUCCUUGCUGCUUCAUGCUCUCAGGAUGUCUAGCAACUCUCUGAACCGCUUCCGGGUUCGUCCAGCAGAACCGCGGGACUGUACGGAAAUCCUGCGUCUCAUCAAAGUAAGCGGGGGGUGGGGAGGGGAAGAGAGGCUGUAGGGAAGGAAAGUUCGAUUUUUAGACCAUUGGACACAUUUGGAUUUUUGAGUGAGUUGCAUGGGUGCCUCCCUUUCUGUUUAUCUCUCUCCCAUUCCCCUGAAUCUGCCCAUCCCUACCCAAAGACAAGAACAGAGAAACACACAAAGACACACACUUCCUUCCUCCAAAAUAUCAGGGUAAAAAUUGGAUCAGAGUAAAAAAUUGGAUCCAAGAAAAUUAAUCUGAGCACUGAAAGAGGAAGUGAGAAAGAGCAUCACUCUUCCACUCUUUCCUUAAGGUAGAAAAGGGUAAUUACCUUCACUACCUGAUGACCAGGGCUACCCUGAGGAGUUCUCCAAAUUGCCAUUGUAUCCAUUGGUAACCCCUGGGCUUGGGAAUGUCAUGAAACACAGUCCAAUCCUAUAAACUGCUAGACUGGCAGAUAAGUAUGAUUGCGGUAAUUUCGGAAGGAAGGAAGGAAGGAAGGAAGGAAGGAAGGAAGGAAGGAAGAUUUAAACAUUUUAGGAUCAUAGAUCAUCCCAGAGUGGCUUAUAAGAAAGGAGCCACUAUAAAACAUUAUAAACUAGGCAAUUAAAAUAAUACAUAAUUUGUGAAAACUCUUUAAAUACUGUAUAAAACAAAGAGGACAGCAGAUAGCAAAGCCACAUAAAAUCACCACAACCAGUCACAUAAUAAUCCCCAAUGCAAAACCAAUGCCAUUUACAAAAUUAAUAGGUUCAUUUUACACAAAAGCAGACAAGAAAAUAAAAGUCUUUAGGCUGUAAUGCCAUGGGUGACACUAAUGAGUGUGACUUCUGCCAGCACAGCAGCAAGCAUGCUCCACUUCCUGUCUCUCCCAGUCAGGACGUCUGAUGAAAUGGCUUCCCCCAGGGGCCAGCUGAGGGAGCAGGGAGGGCUGAUGGUGCUGGACUAUUACAGCACAGCCAAGUUUAUUUCAUUUCAUUUCAUUAAAUUUAUAUCCCCACCCCACUUUCCUCUAACAAGCUCAAGGUAACAUGCACGCUUCUUCUGACAACAACCCUGUGAUGUAGGUUAGGCUGAGAGACUAUAGCUGUUCCAAGGUUGCUCAGAAAACUUCAUGGGGAUUAUGAACCCUGGUUUUUCAGGUUCUAGACCACACUGGCUCUCUCUGGUUGGUAAUCCCCAUUGAACUCGGUGGGACUUCCUUCUGAAUAAACAUCCACAGGUCUGUGCUGUUAAUGUUUGCUAAUAAAGACAAACCCCUCCUCUUUGCCCACGAUCAUUGCGAUCCUGAGUGAUUUCCUGCCUUCCAUCCACACCCAUAUACAUUUUUUUUUUUUACAAGCACAUUCGGUCAAAUAACACAUUUAACAUCACAUCUACUUUAGCCCUUUAUUUGUUGCCCAAAUGCAAUCAAGGAGAUAGCCAGGCAGAGAAAGCAGUCCUUUAAUUAGCAUUUUGAAAAAAAUGGAUGCAGUUUCUAUUAUUUCUGACCCCUCCACCACUCUCUUCUACUGGUUUAAAACCAUGCUAUUCUGUCAGCAGUUUUAUCUAUUUAUCUUCCUGUUUUAAUACUGAAUUACCCCUUUUAAUUGUUGUCAUUAGCUAUCAGUAUUCCAGUGAUUAAGGCAAGGUGUAUAUUUUGCAAGCAGAACAGCUCUUAGAAUAGCAAGUGGCGCACCUGUAGCUUUCUGUGCAAAGAGCUCUUGCUCUGAUGCUCCAGGACAUUUAAAAGCUGGUAUGUACCAGUUCCUCUUAGACAAAAUUGGAUGUGCGUCCUGCUCCUUCUCAAAGCAGGGUACAUAUUAAAACAUAUAUUGAGCUGGAAAACUAAUCAUGCAAUUGGCCUCUUGAAAUAUGGAACCAGGAAUUGUGGUUUGUUGCUUUCAGAGAAGCUAUCUUAUCUGAGCUGUUUCCAAGGAACAGGCACAAAAAGUUGCAUUAUGCAACAUAUAGAAGAAUUUUAUCUCUCCUACCAAAACAGAGGUCUUGGGCUGAUCUCUGCCAGUGACCUAAGGAAAGCUAUGGAUUACUAACUGACGUAAUUUAUUAAGAGUGCUGGCACUGCCCUUGGGACUUCCCUGAAAAAUAUUGUUUGGACUUUGUCAGCUUCCAUAAACAGGGGCUAAUCUGCAGCAAUUAUGGAGGUCAACCCCGAGUUAGAUGUGUGUUUGUUUUGGCAUAUUUUGUUUGUUGUUGUUGUUUUAGAGAAAAUCUGGAAUGUGUGUAUAUUUUUGAAGUUCGUAUUUUUUUUAUUUUAAGGAAAAGAAAACCAAUCAAUACAACAAUAACAGUCAACCAAAACCUGAACUGAUGAUCCCCAGAGAUUUUCAAGUGUCUCUAGGAAGAAACUUAAUAUUAGUAGAUGAACUGGCACUUGUCCCAUGCGCUAUGACAGUGUUGGCAGCUGUGGUUGUGAGGGAGCAUCCGUUGCCUCUUCAUGGCUGCUGCUGCCAACUUCCUUCUUUGGGCAGCUCAUGGCAGCUGCUGUAAAGCAUGUGAGGAGGAGGAGGAGCAGGAGAGGCUUCCACAGCGGAAGCGCAGCCCUUUGUGACAUGUCAGCUCUGAGGGGCAGGCAGAGGGCAGGACCACCCUGGGCAGUAAGAAAGUGGGAGUAGAGUGCAAGGAGUCGAUUUUUCUUUUUCUUUAAAAAAAAAUGCUUUGUUCAGUCUAAUCUUGCCCCUUUCUAAAAAUUUACUUGUGCGCGAAUUUCUUUUUUGUAAAUCUAUCGAAGAAUAAAAUAAAAUCGGGAUUAAGGGGUUUCCUUAGGACAGUGUAGGGUGUGUAUGCUGUGUCCCAUUGGUCUAGUGGUGGUGUCACCUGCCCUUCUUCUGGUUGGAAAUGCUUUAGAGGCGGGACACAAAAAAUGUAGGGUGGUUGAGGAGGGUCAGUAGGGAGUGGGGAGUGAGAAAAUCCCCUAUUUUUGUCUGAGGAAGGGUACAAACUUGUUGCUCGCUAAAUGUUUUGCACAAGGACUCCCACUAUGCACAGCCAGAGCUAGAUUUGUAGUCCAAAACAUAUGGAGGUCACCAAGUUGAUGAAGGUUGAUCUGAAGGUUCCAACGCCCAGCAUUCUCAGAAACUGUCCCACCACACACCACUUUUCAGCCCCACUGACAUUGAAGUAUUGUGCAAUAUGUGAAAGAACCCUGAGCUACCCAUCUAACCGUCGUUAAGAAGGAAUCAUGUAUUCUUUAUGCAAGCCACCACAAGGAAAUGAGCAAUAUAUAGCUUGCAGAUUGUGUUCCAGGGACCCAUGAUGCUGCCGUUAUAUUACUUCCCUAUAACUUGCCUAUAUUGUCUGGUACUAUCUGCUGCAGGCAGUAUCUCCGUGGCAGAACAAUUUAUCAGCUUAGCUAUCUGAGUUCCUUUAAACUGGAGAUGACGGGGAUUGAACUUAGCACCUUCUGCCUGCAAAGCCAGGGUUCUGCUACUGAGUUAUGGAAAGCACCUCCAUAUCUUCCUUGUAAAACAAAAAGCAGCAGCAAGUAACAAGAACAAAAAGCAGGCUGCUAGCAAGUUCCACAGAGAAGCAGCAGCAUCUUGUUGCUCAUAGCAUGGAAUAUUCUAAUGAUUAAUAUCAAUUAUCAAAGCUUCUGCUUUGAAGGGUUUCACUCAUAAAUCUGUUCCAUCCUGUUUCCAGCUCAAUCUGUUGCUUUAAAACUUGCACAUACAAAAACAAUAUUUAUUUUUUAUUUGUUUAUUGGAAGGUUUGUGCAGUGGGCAGCAGAGAUGUAUACAUGUGAUACAACAGAGUCUAUUGCUUACAGCCCAAAUAUUUAUGGAGCAAAAUAGUAGUAGCUGUUGUUGUUAUUAUGAUUAUGAAAAAUACAUAAAUAGAAGUAGAAGUCAUAGAACAAAUCUGCCUAACAAAUAUCCAUUGACUUGUUCUGAUACUCUGUAAGGCUCCUAAUAAAAUAAGCGGGUCAACAUGAUCCUGUACUGCAUUACACCAGUGAAUAAUUUCAAAAGCUCGGAUGUCCCAGGGUUGAAAAACAUACUCCGUUCUCAUGGUGAUUCUUUGUGGCCUCUGGCGGGAGGAGGGGGAGUGACAGAGCAUCUAUUUUCUUUCUCCCCCUUCAUUUCAUGGUACAGGUGCGUGGGUGGAGCUUGCUGUUCUCUCCCUGUACUUGCCUUUUAUCAGAGGCUCCCACAUCAUGUUUUCCAUUCCUUGUCUGCGAGUACCAGACACAACUGCAGCUUCUAAUUAGCCAGUUGUUGGUGUUUGCAAACCUGUCUUUGCCCAAAGACACACCUGGUGUCAUAUAUGAUAUCAAACUUUGGGCAAGUUGCUGCGGCUAAUGAGGUCCAUGAGCCAGAAGCCCCCCCCCCCCAGCUCAGCUAUGGCACCUUGGAAAGGAAUCUAAGCAUCCCUGUCACCAUCACUUUGCUUGUGUCGGUGGCACAGCCACCAGCCUCCCAAAAACUUGCCAGAUUCUGUCUCUGUCCCAGUUUCCCUGUUGGGGAGGGGUCACCAAUAUUCAACCAUGCGUGAGAAUUCUCCCACCACUCCUGGUUUCACAGAGAAGGUAAUCAAUGGCUACCAGCCAUGGCGGCUAUGUACUGACUCUGAAUCACAAGGGGGUAGGAGGAUAUUGUCCUUUUUGUACGCUUCCCAGAGGCAUCUGGUUGGGCACUAUGAGAACAGGAUGGUGGGCCACAUGUCAAAGUUCUUCUCCUUUAUUCAUUUAUUUACAUUUAUUAAAUCAGUAUACCGCCCUUCAUCCAAAGAUCUCAGGACAUUCAGAGCAUUUCUGCCUACAUGGUGGAAAGGCUCCCCUUUGGCACCAGACACAGCUCCCAGGCAGGUAUUCCACACAAGCACAAGAAAGGUUAGUGCGACGCCUGCCUGCCAGGCCUCCGCCUUGUCCAUCCAUUCCCAACAGCAGGGGCUGGUGGACUGGCUGGCUGGGUUCCCUCACCCACUUGCUUGCUUAGUCCGCCUCAACUCCUGGUAUAACCAGUACCCCCUGGCCAGUCCCAGAGGCACCAUUCGCCUGGGGAGCUUAUAGCCAGGGUGACUGCAACAAACAGAGAGGGCAUCAGAGAAGGGAGGGAAGGAAGGAGGGGCAGAGGCCAGUGUGGCUUGCGGUGCCCCUGACUAUCAUUCCAAGGCACCCCAGGGUGCCAAGACACACUGGUUGAAAACCCCUGCUCUAGGGCAUCCGAUUGGUCAUUCCGGGAACAGGAUGCUUGACUAGAUGGGCAUAUGCCUAAUCUCUUGGCUCUCCUUCUAUCAAGGAGCUGACCUUCACUAACAAUGCCAUUCCAAUCUUUCAUAGUGUUGUUGUUUUUAAAGUCCGCUUUGCUAUUUUGGUUUCUUCUCUUGGCAGGAACUAGCUGCUUUUGAAAACAUGCCUAAUGCAGUAAAAGUAACAGAAACAGGUAAGGUAGAUGCCUAGCAUGUUAAAUUUAGGAGGCUGCUAUUUAUUUUACCUCCAGGCCUUCUUCAGAGUGUAACAUGCAAUCAAGUCCUCGGCCCUGUCCCUCAGGUGAAGAACCACACAGUUGUUGUUCCAAUACAGUUUACAAUUUUAAAACACUAAAACAAAUGCAUUAUAUAAGGUGGAGACUGACAUCCUCUUAUGCCAACUGAUGGCCUGGGCUCCCUCACUUCUGCCUCCCCUCAAGGCAGGUGUCUUUAUUUUUAUAUACAAAUUGCAUCACCUGGUGGCAGGAUGCUGGUGGUAAUUUUAGGAUCAGAGCAAGAACUGAGAUGGAAUUGAACCAGUUUCCAUCCUUGCUAUGGUCCUGAUUUGAUCGUCUUUCUAACACACACACGCACACACACACACACACACACACACUGCAACUUGCAUGGGGGGGGCAGAAAUUUUGCACAUUGUGCAAAUCUACAUUUCAAGUGUAGUUUGGCGCUCAGAAAACGAAUGUGAGGGAAGAUGGUUCUAGCUCGAAAGACCUGACACCUUCUGAAUGGUUUGGAUUCCAACUCCAAGAUGUUUGGAGGACGCUAUGGUUGGCUAACACUAGACUAGUCUAACAUCUCCCUAACAUGCCGGUUAUUUACCUGCAGGGAUUUUAAACCCACCAGCACCUACCUACCCCGUUCAAACAGAUUAAGCAAAAAGGCUGGUGUUCAUGUGGUCUGGCCUUGCAUCAGAUCUGCAUAUUGGUGAAGAUGCCUCUUUUGGCCUUUGAUCUUUUUGUGCCAACACAAUUCACAUGUUGCUGUCCAAAGAAAAGAGCCCCCAAAAUACAAUUUUGUUUGGGUGAACCUCUGAUUUCACACCCUCCAGUCCAUCAUGGCUGCUCUCCCACACCCACCCAGAAUUCUACUUUGAGAAGAUGCUGGUGGCAACAUUAUUAUUCAUUAUUAUUAUUUAUUAAAUUUGUAUACUGCCAUUCAUCUGUAGCGCCCAGGGCGAUUUGCAACAUAAAAACACAAGAUAACCCCCUCCCCCCAAAUACCGUAUUUUUCGCUCUAUAAGAUGCACCAGACCAUAAGACGCACCUAGUUUUUGGAGGAGGAAAACAAGAAAAAAAAUAUUCUGAAUCUCAGAAGCCAGAACAGCAAGAGGGAUCGCUGCGCAGUGAAAGCAGCAAUCCCUCUUGCUGUUCUGGCUUCUGGGAUAGCUGCACAGCCUGCACUCACUCCAUAAGACGCGCACACAUUUCCCCUUACUUUUUAGGAGGGAAAAAGUAAGUCUUAUAGAGCAAAAAAUAUGGUACAUAAUAAAAACAAGAAUAAGGCCAAACCAACAACAAACCCUAACCCUCCCUCCCUCCCUCGCACUCCACCCCAUCCUACUACUACUACUACUACUACUACUACUACUACUUAGUACUAGUAAGUACUACUACUUAGUACUACUACCUAUUACUAAUCUUCUUUUAUCUUGGGACUAUAUUUUAGUGCUUUAUUCAACUAUCUGAACAUUUCAGAUUUGCUUCGAGAUGGUUUCGGAUCACGUCCUUUCUUCCAGUGUUUAAUAGCAGAAGCAAAUAAGGAUGAUGCAAUGCAGGGUAAGCUUUCAAGAAAACAAAGUUAUCAUUUAUUUGUAUAACCAGACAUCCCAUAGAAUGAGUGCCAACACUGAAAAUGCUCCACCUCAAGAAGCUACCCACUGGGCUGCAUCUGGUGGGGGUAUCCAGAGAAGGACCUCAGAAGAUAAUAGGGUCUAGGUGGGUUGGGGUGGGGAACCUGUGGGCCUCCAGAAGUUGCUGGACUACAACUUUAUCACUUCUGCUAUGCUGAAUGGGCUUGAUGUGGGUGAGGGGUCCAAUGACAUUUGGAGAGCCUCAUCACUGGCAAUGCUGAGGCUCACAGUUCAACUGCAACCUUCUAAGCCUCCCUAUCUGAACUUUGGUACUUUCAUCAUAGCAAAUCCCACCCUAGCUAUACCCCUCCCUGAGGGAAUGUAGCAUUGAGUUCCUCUUGCCUGCUUGCCUGGAUCAAAAAGUGUGUUUGUGUGUAGAAACUAACUUAGGUCAUUUUUUGGCAUCCAUUGCUCCACCUAUAAGGGGUGUUAGGAGAUGGGUAGUACAUUGUGCACGAAACAAGGAUGCCCACUGCCCCCCUUCCUAUUCAUCCUGGCCCUGGAACCUCUAGCAAUCCGAAUCUGGGCAGCCUGACAUCAAGGCAGUGGAAAUAAAAGGCAAAACCUAUAAAUUAGGGCUCUUUUCAGAUGACCUAAUGGUCACAGCACCAGACCCCAUCAACACAGCAACCACCUUAACCAAAGAACUCAGCACAUUUGCAAUGGUAUCGGGCCUACAAUAAACUUUGCAAAAUCUGAGGCUAUGUGCUUCAACACUCCCUCCAUACCCAAAAAGAAUUCACCAACAUCACAAAGAAAAAACUCUGCCGCACCAGGUUCAGAUACCUAGGGGUACAGAUAACCAGAAAGCACAAAAAACUAUACCACCACAAUUACAAACCCCUAUGAUGACAAAUUAACAAAGACCUGAUGAGAUGGAGCAAUACCAACUUCACUCUCUCAGAUAAAAUAGUCAUGAUCAAAAUGAUUACCCUUCCAAAAUUAACCUACCUAUUCCAAACCCUCCCAAUCUGGAUUCCACCAAUCCAACUCCACAAAUGGCAGAAAAAACUACACUUGUUUAUCUUCUCACACGAAAAGCCAAGAAUAAGCCCCAAACACCUGCACCUCCCCACCUCAGAAGGAGCAUGGGGAAUCCCCAACAUAGAACUAUACUACAUCGCCAACCAUAUAAUCCCAUACAUUCUAGAAGAUGAGAAGAAACAAUGGGUACCCUUGGAGAGAGACAUAAUCGAAAACACUCCCACCCCAGCAUAUACUUUCCUCCAAAACAAACUAAGGAAAAUCCCCACCACACUAAACAGGUUCACACAGACCAGGCUUCCUCAAACUCGGCCCUCCAGAUGUUUUUGGCCUACAACUUCCAUGAUCCCUAGCUAGCAGGACCAGUGGUCAGGGAUGAUGGGAAUUGUAGUCUCAAAACAUCUGGAGGGCCGAGUUUGAGGAAGCCUGACACAGACCAUGCUUACAUAGAAAGAAGAAGUUGGCAAACUGUCCCCAACCCAAUCCCCACUAAUCCCCCUGGCUUACCACCCACUAUUCCACCACACAGCACAAAAUCUCCAGAUAAAAACCUGGCAAGCCAAAGGUCUAUAUCACAUAGCAGACUUCUACAAAAAUAACAAACCCAUAUUGACACAAGAAAUACAAAAUAAAUAUCCUGGCUAACACACCACCAACUACACACUUUAAACAACCCAGCAGUAAAAUCAGCAGCCACUAGGCCCUUGACCACCUUCAAAGGUCUUCUGCUAACAACAACGGGACAUAGCAAGGGGAUGGUAUCUACAAUAUACAAAACACUGCUCCAAAGCCCCACAAACCCUCUUCACACAAUCAAAAAACAACAUAGGCUGUGAAAUUAACCCCACCCAAUUGACUAGAAUGUGGUCUAAACCUCCCUUUAAAGCCAUAUCAGCAAGAAGAACUCACUCUGAAACUCACUUACAGAUGGUACCAAACACCACAGAAACUGGCCCUGAUACACCCAGGAACCUCACCAAAAUACUGGCAAGGCUGCACCUCCACAGGCUCAUACCUCCACAUGUGAUGGGAAUGCCCCCAAACCCAACUCUUCUGGACAACAGUCAUACAAGAACUAAGCAAAAUAACUAAACAGGUACUAGAAGUCAUGCCCUACUGAAUAUCUUACCCUAUAAAGAGCUCAUAUCCCACCUACUCUCAGCAGCCAGAAACAACAUAGCCAGACACUGGAGGGACCUGUCUGGGAUAAAGAUGGAACACUGGUAUCAAGUAGUACAGGAAACAGCCUUACUAGAAAAACUAACCAGUAGACUGAAACUGACACGGGGAGAAAUAGAAGAGGAUGCAUUUACUCCAGCAUGGCUCCCCUUUAUCACAUACACAGCCCAACAAGGCAACAGCAUGAACCCACCGACAGCAUACAAUUCAAUAUGGCUAACUUAACCCAACAACCACCGAACAAGCAGGGUUUUCAUUGCCAUUGCCCCUGUUCUGUGGAACAGCAUCCCUACUGGGAUAUAGUGAGCCCACCAUUUAUGUGGGUUUUAUGCUGGGAAGUUCCCAGAGCCAGAUAAGCAAAGUGGAGGGCUUAAACAGCUCUUUCUGUGGCGGGUUUACCCUGCUCUCCAACUAUUUUUUAGCUGUGCGCUGAAGGUUCUGAUUGCGCAGGUAAAUUAAGGGUAAAUCGUGGGCCCACUUUACUUUUGGGGGAAAUAGAAGACAUUAUUGCUUUGACAAAGGGACGUGGGUAGUGCUGUGGGUUAAACCACAGAGCCUAGGACUUGCUGAUCAGAAGGUCAGCGGUUUGAAUCCCCGUGACGGGGUGAGCUCCCGUUGCUCGGUCCCUGCUCCUGCGAACCUAGCAGUUCGAAAGCACGUCAGAGUGCAAGUAGAUAAAUAGGUACUGCUCUAGCGGGAAGGUAAACGGCGUUUCCGUGCGCUGCUCUGCUUCGCCAGAAGCGGCUUAGUCAUGCUGGCCACAUGACCCGGAAGCUGUACGCCGGCUCCCUCGGCCAAUAAAGCGAGAUGAGCGCCGCAACCCCGAGUUGGUCACAACUGCACCUAAUGGUCAGGGGUCCCUUUACCUUUACCUAUUACUUUGACAAGCUUCUACAUUUCAAGAGAAAGGUUUCUGCUUUAAAUGUUCACUUUGUAUUGUUUGCAAGCCUGAAUUUAGUUGGAUUUUUCCUAUUCUUUUCCUAUUAUUUUCUUUUCAGUUUUAUGUUUGUAAAUCACAUUCAGACUCAUGUGAAAGGCAAUAAUAAAUAUCUCCCCACAAGAACCCCCAGCCAUCCAGGACAUAAAACAUGUAACUUGCACUCCUUGACAUUUAAAGUGUGAAGAAUAUUCUACUUUGUUUUGGAAUUGCUUGUCAACAGUGGAUUGCUACUUCCCUCAAAAUACUUUCUACAAUUUUAAAUGAGUUUCAGCACAUGUUGUUGAACCUCCUGCCAUCUGACCAAGAGGCACAUAGUGUGUCCUAAAAGAUGACAGCCUUAAUCCUUUUAAUUGCUUGGAGAAUUUAAAAAAACUUUUUUUUAGAAAUCAGCUAAACAUUAAAGGUCUGGCUAUAGCUUCACAAUCCAAAAGAGGCUUUUAGAUUUGUGUUCUGUUAGUCACAGAUGUACAUACCACCCUGCUGGAUGGCAAAUGGUGUUUUGAAGCUAAUAAAUAUUUCAAAAGCAAUUCUUGGCAUAUCCUGAUGAGACGGAGAAUGGGUCAACUGUGCAACAAAAACGAAAUUAAUACCCCCCACCAAGAAUAUGAAGAUAUUUACAUGAACCUAAAAUGUGAGCCCUUUGAUCCUGGCCUUUUUUUAGAGCUAAGUCAGUGGUUGGGGAGGUGGUAUUUGGCUUAGCACAGUAGUGCUGGGAGAGAGAGGUAAUUAACCUCUCACACAGUUUCCCCUAUCCUUCCCUAUGUCUGAGCUAUUAAAAUGCUCUCAGGGGUGGGGGGUGGGGGGGAGACAAGUGCAAUAUAGGCUCUUAUUUUUCUUUCUACCCACCAAGAUAAUAUCACUUUAUCUAAUACAGUGGUACCUCUGGUUACGUACUUAAUUCAUUCUGGAGGUCCGUUCUUAACCUGAAACUGUUCUUAACCUGAAGCACCACUUUAGCUAAGGGGCCUCCCGCUGCUGCUGCGCCGCUGGAGCACAAUUUCUGUUCUCAUCAUGAGGUAAAGUUCUUAACCCGAGGUACUAUUUCUGGGUUAGUGGAGUCUGUAACCUAAAGCAUAUGUAACCUGAAGUGUAUGUAACCCGAGGUACCACUGUACAGUGGUGGUUAGUGUCCAUUGGGACUGGUAGGGUAGAAGGCAGGGAGACCAACAGAAGGUGGCGCCAGAGUAAACAACAGGUAGAGCCAGAGCCAAUGACAGGCAGAGUGAACUACCGUAACUUUGCUAAGUCUCCAUCCUCCUGGCUGCUGAGUUCUACAAGGGCAACAAUGGGACUAAGGAGGGGGAAGUUGAGAGGCAGUGCUACAACCUGGCCUAGCUGCAGUUAAGAAGGUAGACAUGAGGACGCUAGCGGAAGGUAGACUGAGGUUGGAGGGGCAAUGCCCCCACCUACCCAAGCAGACCAGCCUGUGCUGCUUUAAUAGUCAACUCAGGUACUGAGUUUAGAGAGGAUUGGAGCCAGUGUGGUAUAGUGGUUAGGGUGUCAGACCAAGUCCUGGUUCAAAUUCCCACUCAUUUAUUAAGCUCUCUGGGUGACCUUGGGCCAGUACUACUUCAUAGGGUUGGUGGGGAGGAGGAGCUCCAUGGAGAAAAAGGUGGUAUAUAAAUGUAGUAAAUAAAAUAAAGAAGUAAUAAAUUGGUGGCAAAGUGGGACCACUGAGAAGAAAGGAAAGGAGAAAAUCUCUGUAUGCUCAGGGGGGAGACAGAAUUACUAAUGGGGCUUCUGAGGCACAAUUGCAUCAUUAUGUUGGUGUGGGACUAUUUUGGCUUUGUUACUGAAAAUGUUUUUAAUUAAAAAAACAUUGAAGUGGCUUUUCCUUAUAGCAGUGUGGUUCUCUUUCCUUUUAUUGUAUUAACCAGUAAGCCCUUUUAUAUUGAGGAAAUUUGAUUUGCUUAAAAAAUAACAACACAUGGUUUUGUUUGCUUCCCUGGCUCCUUUGGAAGGCCAUGACAAAGUAAUUUCCCCCCAAAUGCAAAUUUAAUACGUCUUACAAAAGGUGCUAUUACCAAAUUCAGUAAAAUUCUGGUCUAUUUAUGUUGAAGUGAUAAUUUAAAAGGAAGGUGUAGUAUCUAAUGUUAGUUAGGUAGACCUGUUGAAAUUAAUGAUUACAGUAUUACUAAACUAAAACAAAUGUGUGCACUCUGAGUAGAAAUUAGUUGGAUACAGUCUAAGAUGAUUAACUAAUUCAUAAUUCUCUAGCUGAUUGACAGCCUUACACAAUAGUAGUUAUUUCCUUACAAUAGCUGUUUUGUUUCUCGCCAGAAACCGACAUUGUAGGGUUUGCUAUGUAUUACUAUACUUAUGACCCUUGGAUUGGCAAGCUGUUGUACUUAGAAGACUUCUACGUUAUGGAUGAAUAUAGAGGUAAAAAUAAUACUGUUUGCACAUAAUAAAGUGAGAGACAGUGUGGAGGUGUGGUUAGGUGGUUGGGCUGAGAUUGGGAAGACCCCGGAGAUAAAGUCCUCAUCACUUAGCCCUAAAGCUUAAAACUGGGUUAGGGAAACUGUGGCCCCCAAUAUAUUGUUGGAUUCCUAGCUCCCAUCAGCCCCAGCCAGUUGGGCAAGACAGUUUGCAUUUAAAGGGAAACAUACCUAAUUUGAAUUUCCAAAACAAAAUGCAAACUGAAACAGUCAUCCUUAGAAUUUUGCACUGAAUUUUGUGAUGCAGUUCUCCAACCAAGGAAAGUGUUCAAAAUUGCAUAUACCAGGGUGAAAUGUGCAUAAAAUGCACCUAACUCCUGCACCAAGCUGGUGCCAAACGUAUUGCUUUCUGUUCCUUUGGACCAUCAAGACCAUAUACACUGUCCAGACUUGCUUAGUGAAAAAUGAAUCAUGUAAGAGAAAUUGAUUUUCAAAAUUGUUUAUACUGGGAGUUUUGCACUGAUUUGGAAUGUGAAUAACUGAAUUUAAGACUGCCCAACUGCCACUAACCACGGUGGCUUCUGAAGAACCAUUUUGUCCUGAGGAAAGGGGAGAAUAGGAUUUCAAUAUUGAGUUAUUUCUCAUUUUGCCUUUUUUGUUUUAUUGUCUAAUUGUUACUCAUGCUUAUUGUUACUAAUUCUAUGGAGCCAGCUUUGUGGGGCAGUAUAGGGAAACACCUUGAAUAAAUAUUUACAUUCUACAUUGAACAACCAUCAGUAACCUGGUGCCCUGCAAUGUUUUGGACUACAACUCUCAUAAUCACUGAUCAUUAGCUCUGCUAGCUGGGGCUAGGGAUGGGGGAGAAACGAGAUUCAGUUCACAUUUAUAGGCAAAGCUUCCUAAUUCACAUUUUCUGUAACAAUACACAAACUGAAAUGCCACAAGCUUUCCUUGGAGAUUCACACUUCUCUCAAUUUUGCACUACAGUUCCCAAGCCAUGUAAUGCGUGGAAAAAUGCAUGUGCUAGGGCAAACUGGGCACAAAAAUGCAUAUAUUAGUAAAAAUAGCAUACAAAAUGCAAAGCUAUAUGCUAGAGAAAAUUGCAAAGUUGUAUAUAUAUGAGGGAAAAUGCACAAUAAAAUAUCACUAAGUUCUCAUGAGAAUUUUUAUUUUUUUAAAAGUGAAGUGAUGUGCCAAUGUGGAUAACUGCACUUGAGUGUGAAAAAAUGAGAAACCAAAAUUGAUAGAUUCACCCUUCCUUAGUUGGGGCUGAUAGGACUUGGGAGUCCACCAGGUAGAAGGAGGCUAGCCUUGCAGUUCCAUUUCCUUUUCUUUCCUAAAAUAAUGAUAAUGUACAGGCUUCUUUGCAAUUUCAAAGAAAUUUAAUUUUUUGUAUGUGUAUAGAAUAAUGCAUUAGAUUUUACCGGUAAAUAUUCCUAUUUUGUUCAUGGCUCAUGGCAAAGAAGAUAAAAUAGCAUAUUGUCAAAGCAGGCAAACUGUUCACAUGGGUAUGUUGCAAGUUUUGGUAUCUGAGGUUUUUCUGAUCUGUGUUUUGGCAGGUUGGGGCAUUGGAACAGAACUUUUAAAAAGAUUAAGCCAGGCAAGUUAUAUUUUCCUGUCUUUUAUUUACUUGUAUGUAUUUACUUUGUAAGCUGUAUAUUCAACAGUACAGACUUAAAUCUACUUUAGUCAAAAAGCUGCUGACAUAUUAAAUUUGACUGAGAGUCUUCUCUAGCCUGGUGACCUCCACAUGUUGCUGGACUACAACUCCCAUCACCCUUAUUGCUCAUUCUGGCUGAGGAUGAUGGGAGCUGGAGUCCAACAGCAUCUGGAGGGCUACCAGUUCCCCAAACCUGGUUUCAUUAUUCAAGUCAGUUGUGAGAAUCAAGAAGCAAAAGAGAGGAUCAACAGGGUAUCAGUGGUUAGAAUCUCUAAUCUUAUUCACACAAGAAACAGAUCAGAUUGUAAAAACUGUUGAUACAACUGUUUCACGCUUCAGACUGCAGGUAGGGGCUUGCAUCUGCAGGAACACACAUGAAAAGUUCCUUAAAUUUCUAACAGAACACAAGGUGAAAUGUGAGUUAAUAGCAGAAUGCAGAGGCUAAAAAAAGGGCUAAUGCACCAAGAAAAAUAUAUGUAGAUUUUAAUAAUUUCUUCCACUCUGGAGAGAUUCACCUCACCUGGAGUGCUGCAUCUAGCUCUGGACACUGCAGCAUAGUGAUAAACUGGAACAGAGAGCAAUACAGCAACACAGAAAACCUGCCUUCUACCCAAUCUUAUCAUCGGCAGCUCUCCAGGCUUUCAGAUGGGGGCAAUCCCAGACGUACUUGGAAAUGCCAGAGGGUGAAAGGGGAACCUGCUGCAUGCAAAGUGUAUGCUCUGCCACUGAGCCAUGGCAUCUCCUCCCAAAGACGGUGAGGGGUCUGCAAACUAUGUUCUGUGAGUUGGGCUUAAAUCUGGAGGACAGGAAUCUUCAAAUACCUGAAGGGGUGUCAUAUAGGUUAUUGUAUUUUAGUGUUUUAUUAGAAGCCGCCCAGAGUGGCUGGGGACACCCAGCCAGAUGGGCGGGGAAUAAAUAAAUAAAUAAAUAAAUAAAUAAAUAAAUAAAAUAAAUGAAGCAAAAUUGUUCUGUGGAACAGACUCCCUUGGAAGGAACUUGUCUUUAGAGGUUACUAAACAGAAAACAGCCACCUAUCAAGAAUGAUGUAGCAGUGGAUUUACUGCAUUGGCAUGAAGGGGACUAGACUAGGUGACCUUUGAAAUCCCUUCUAACUCAAUACUUUCCUAAUCCCUCUGUACUAAUAAAUAAAAUCAGAAUUUUGCAUAUAUAAAACUAGAUGUCAGGGGGAGGUGUUAUAGCUGAACACUCACUGUUGUGCUAGCUUUCUAUGUGUGGGGAAGCUUUCAGUAUGAAAAUACAUUGAACCAUGUAAUCCUCACUUGUAGUCUGAAGGGGUACCAACAGUUUUAACCAUCUAAUCAUUUGUAUGAAUGAAGUUUUUACUUGCAUUCCAACUGGUGACUCAGCUUCGUUCUCCAGCUGUGAUACAAUAUCCUCUUCCAGAAGGGCAAUCCUAAUCAACUUCCUGAAUUUGUUUGGGAAGGGAGACUAGGUAGAAAAAGAGGGAAGAGUUACAGGUUUGAAAAAUAUUCCCAUGUGGAAGAUACAACCUAGACUAGAACUUACCUCAAAAAACAGAUUGGAUUUUAAGUCUUCUCCUUGAGUGCUUAUGAUUGGGAUCAUACUAUAGUAUGAUUUCUUACCUGCUUGUCAUGUUCACCUUUCAGCUGAACGGGGCAGGAAUCAUCCUUUUAAUAUUGUUGCAUGAGCAUUUUUAAAAUACAAUUUCCUGAUGCAUUGUCUUUAACUGUUUGUAAGCUUUGUGCAUUUUAUGGAUGUGUAAGUUGCUUUGAGACAUUUGUGAGUGAAAUGAAAACAAUUAUAGGCAUCUUUAAAUAAAACAAGGAGAAAUUAAAUGGUGGGUGUGCAAUGUACCACCACAGCUACUGUACAUAUCAAUUGGCUCUGAAGCAGAAAAGCAUUUUGCCAGCUAAAAGGUUUUAUAAGAAUUCUUAACAAAUUAGUGACUAAUUAAUGACUUAUAUCCAAAUCUUUGAUUUUGUAUUAAUGCUUAAAAAUGCCCAAGAAUGUGAGAACAGCAAAGACUUUAAGUUGUCCCAGUUUAGAUUCAGAACUCUAGAUGCAGGUAUUAUAGUCCUACAACUUUCUGUGCAAUCCGUGAAUGCAGUGGUUCUUGCAAAGAAAGCCAAGUAACUGUGUUUUCUUUUACUCCAAGUUUUGUUUCUGCAUUUGCUACAGUAAUAAUUUCAAGCAACAAGAUUAACUGGCAGCUUAAAUAUAAAUGGUUUAAAAAAGUAACUCCCACAAGAGGUAAUGAUGGCUACCAACCUCAUGUCUUAGAGGGAAUGCAUAAAGGGAAAGGCAAUAAAUGGCAUAGAGUGGGCAUGUACAACACGUCGAUCACGAUCGACUGUUGGAACCUGAGACUGAUUAUGGUCGAUCGCAGGUUGAUCGCUGCGCUCCUGGGGGGACUUGAGAUGCUGCCCUGCUAUCUCCAAGGGAGAGCUGGUGUGUGCAUACGCUGCCAGAUUGCUAUCCUUCCCACUGCUGAGCGCUGGCGGUGGGGUGGGGUGGGAUGCUGCCUGAGGGACAGAAAGAGAGGGAGAGAAAGAGAGUGCCCCAGCUUGCUAUCCUUCCCGCUGCUGAGCGCUGGCAGUGGGGUGGGAUGGGAUGCUGCUUGAGGGAGAGCAAGAGAGGGAGGAGGAGAGUGAGUGCCCCAGCUUGCUAUCUUUCCCGCUGUGCUGAGUGCUGGCAGUGGAAUGGGAUGCUGCCUGAAGGAGGGAGAGAGAGAGAGAGAGAGAGAGAGAGAGAGAGAGAGAGAGAGAAAAGCUGGCUCCUCAGAUCUGUGCAAACUAAUAUAAAAAUAUAGUUUGACUUUUCUCACUUGUUUAGUUACUUCUCCAUCUAGUAACUAUUUGGAUCUGUCAUAAUGAAAUCCAAACAUAACUACUGUAUCUAUGAAAUAAAGAUGUAUUUAUCUAUCUUGCUUCGGAGGGUGGUAGAGCACUGCCAGUUUUUGAUACUUGUUGGUAGAUGGGAGGCAACUUAAGCUUGGAUGUGCCUGGCAUAGAGGGAAAGGCAAUAAAUGGCUACCAGCACUGGACACCCCUCUCUUAUUUCCCCAAAUGCUAUUGCCUGUGCUUACUUUUCAGAUAGCAAUCGAAACCAACUGCAGCUGCAUGCAUUUCCUUGUUGUUGUUUGGAACAAGCCAUCUAUAGAGUACUAUAUGAGGCGUGGUGCUUCAGACCUUUCCACUGAAGAAGGCUGGCAUCUCUUUAGAUUUGACAAAGAAAAUCUAGUCAGAAUGGCUUCUGGAGACUAAAAGAAGGAAGUCCGCCAUUUUUUUUAUCACUCUCAAAGCUUGGAGUGCUCAUCAGGCUUGCAAUGAAAAAUCUCACUUACAAGGGGAGACUUCUGGUUAACACAGUGGCUUCAAAGCAGAGUGCAAAUAGCAAGAAAAAUUAAAAGAAGCGUGCGUGUUUUAUGACUGACAUGACUUUGAUAAAUUGCUUUACUUUUUCUUCACAUGGAUGUACAACACUUCAAAUGCAGCCUGAAUCUUACGGAUCAGUUUAAGCAAAGGUGACUCAACUGGUGACUCAUAUGGAGAAAGAACACAGGUGGGACAUAAUGUGCUGGUCUGGCCAGGAAACCUCUUGCUUUUCUUCAAAUGCAAAAAUAGUGCUGGUGCCCUAGUGUGUUAGAGCAUGCACAAGCUUAUGCCCAGAAGGAAGAACAAGACUUUGUGGGAAAGAGCACCUGCCUUGCAUGCAGAAAGUCCCAGAUUUGAUUCCUGGUGCCUCCAAGUCAGAGGAUGCCAAGCUGGGAAAGGCUGCCUUAGACAAACCGUUCUCUCAGCCCCCCGAUUUCCAGUGACUUGCCUGUUUAUAAAGGUUACAACUAGAGAAUGCAUGAUACACUUUAAAAAACUGUACCUAUUUUAGGUAUUACCAUUAAAAUCACAGGCUUUGCAUACAGUCAGAGAUGCAAUCACCAGUUUUUCUGGGUAGGGCUGGGAAAACACACUCAUCUGAAACCUGGAGAGCUU